AUGCGUCCUUCACUCGCCACAGCAGUCCUACCACCCAGGACACGCUCCCACAAUCCACCCAACCUCGCAGUGGGGGGUCGUGAACAUCUAUCGGCUCCUCGGAGGCGUAGCCCCCACCUGAGGCACACCCUCAGCCCGGAGAACCUGAGGACCCUGGCGGAGAGGGGCGGUGCGUCCGUCGAUUGCGUCUCCGUCGUCAGCAGUCCCAUCGGGAUCUCACGGGCCAACAGCGACACUGAUCUGGUGACGUCCCAGAGCCGGUCCUCGCUAACGGCGUCCACGCUGGAGCACACGCUGAACCGGGGACAGAACCUCGUCAUAUCCUGGGACAUCAAGGAGGAAGUGGAUGCUACCGACUGGAUCGGGCUGUACCAUAUCGAUGAAACCAGUCCAUCCAACGUGUGGGACUGUAAGAACCGAGGGGUCAAUGGCACUCAGAAGGGUCAGAUCGUUUGGAGGCUGGAGCCUGGGCCCUACUUCAUGGAGCCUGAGACCAAGAUCUGUUUCAAGUACUACCACGGUGUGAGCGGAGCCCUGAGAGCCACGACGCCCUGCAUCACCGUGAAGAAUCCAGCAGUCCUGGUGGAGGGGCUGGCGGAGCAGGUGGGUGUUGAACACCCUCGAAAACUGAUCAGCUUCACUUUGACAGAUCUGCGUGCCAACGGGCUGAAGAAGGGCAUGUUUUUCAACCCGGACCCGUACCUGAAGAUGUCCAUUCACCCGGGGAAGAGGAGCGUUUUCCCCAUCUUCAGCCAUCACGGACAGGAACGACGGUCGGCCAUCAUCGCCAACACCACCAACCCCGUCUGGCAUGGAGAGAAAUACACAUUCGUAGCACUAAUGACAGACAUCCUGUACAUCGAGGUGAAGGACAAGUUUGCGAAAAGCCGGCCGAUCAUCAAACGUUUCCUCGGCCAGCUAACGAUCCCCGUGCAGCGGCUUAUUGAAAAAAUACCCGGAAUCCAGCCUGUGAGUUUCCCUUUGUGUCGACGCUUGCCCACGGAACACGUGAGCGGACAGCUGCAGUUCAAAGUGGAGCUCACCUCGACGGGGCCCGAUGGUGCCUCUCCUGAUUCUAUCAUCGGCAUUUCGUCCUUGAACGGAGCUCCGGGGACUCCAUCCGAUGACGAGGACCUGCCCCAUCACCUACCAGGGGUGGUGGUCUCAGCUGGACACUCCCCCACUGGCUCCCAGGGGUCCCAAAGCAUGUGGGAAGGUGGGGCCACGGCUUACCCAGACAAGGACCUGCCUCUAGUCAGAGCCGAGAGUCAAUUCAUGGAUGUUGCGGGCAUGUCAUGCCACCAAAUGCUCCAAAGGUCACUCAUUGAGGGCCUGGAUGCUAUCGAGGCCCCUAAAGGCCCCGGUGAAAGACCCCUAGGUGCAGCUUCACCUAAACUACGCUCCAGCUUCCCCACACACACAAGGCUCAGUGCCAUGUUGCACAUCGACUCAGACGAGGACGAGGAGCGGUCCGGGGCCAAUGACAUCAUUCCGGUGCCGCUGUCACCGCUGCUGAUGAAUGGGGAGCCUCCGGAUGUCAGCGGCCCCGAUGAAGAGGACCCGUUUCCUGAACUCCAGCAGGAUCCAGAGCAGCUGGAUCCCUCUGUGCUGGAGGAGGAACCCGAGGGUGCCAGAGCUCUGACGGAUGAUGUGCCCCCUGACGCAGAUGAGGUCCUGGCGAUGGAGGGUCUGGACCUGGACGAUUUGGAGCCAGACGUCUUCUCUGAAGUGGAGGACACUCCCUUCAUGGAGGCGGUGUCUCACACUACUUUGCCAGAGGGGGCAGAGGGGCCAGAGGAAGGAAGGGGCCCUGCUGAGGACCCUUUGUCAGAGAUUGACACGUGCUCCAUGGCAACGGCCCCUCAGACGGUUGUCUCAUCAUCAGAGAGCUGUCCAAUCACACUGACCACUGCUGUGGAAGCUGAGGAGGGUGCAGAGACAGCCAUCGAUCCAGGGGGGGACACGGCAUCUGGCACCCAGCCGACCACUCAGGCUGUCGACGACGAAGGUGGCGGGCAGGUCGUAACCUCCACCGAGGCUACCGUAGCCGAAGCUCCAUCAGCCGGCGAGCAGCAGGCUGUGGUGGAGGAGGUCAGUGCGAGGAGGCCGAGUCUGCAGGCUGCCGGGGGCGUGGCCGAAGAACAGGAAGGGGCGGCCGCGCAGGCGAAGCCGCAGGAGGGGGCGACCGCUGCGGAUUCUGAGCAAGCUACCACGGAAACAGAUGGAGAGGAAGGUUCCCACGUCAACGGCCAUACCGUGCGUUCGCUUCCUUCCGUGCGUCACGACAUCCACCGUUACCAACGCGUGGACGAGCCGCUACCUCCCAACUGGGAGGCUCGGAUCGACAGCCACGGCAGGAUCUUCUUCGUGGACCACGUGAACCGGACCACCACAUGGCAGCGUCCCACCGGACCUCCAGCCCCGCAGGGCCUGACGAGAUCCAACUCCAUUCAGCAGAUGGAGCAACUCAACCGAAGAUACCAGAGCAUCAGGAGGACCAUAACCAACAGUGAUCGAGCAGAGGAGAGCACGGUUGACCUGCUUCCUGAACCAGAAGGCGAAUUGAUGCCUCACUCCAUUUCUGAAUACAGACGAGAAAGUGCAGUCAGUCACUCCAGCGGUCGCUCGCGGCUCUCUCUGCUGCUGCAGUCACCCAGCGCCAAGUUCCUGUGCAGCCCCGACUUCUUCACCGUGCUGCAUUCAAACCCUAGUGCCUACCGCAUGUUUACGAGCAACACCUGCCUGAAGCACAUGAUCAGUAAGGUGCGUCGGGACGCUCAUUACUUUGAGCGCUACCAGCACAACCGCGACCUCGUCACCUUCCUCAACAUGUUCACCAACAAGCAGCUGGAGCUUCCUCGGGGCUGGGAGAUGAAGCACGACCAUACUGGGAAGCCUUUCUUUGUGGAUCACAACUGUCGCUCCACGACCUUCAUUGACCCGCGUCUGCCCCUCCAGAGCUCUCGCUCCACCGGGCUGCUGGCUCACCGCCAGCACCUGAGCCGUCAGCGCAGCCACAGUGCCGGGGAGGUGGUCGACGACUCUCGCCAAGCCAACCCGCCCAUCAUGCCCCGCCCAUCCAGCACCUUCAGCGGCUCCAGUCGAAGUCAGUACCACGAUGUGGUGCCUGUGGCCUACAAUGACAAGAUAGUGGCGUUUCUACGGCAACCCAACAUCUUCGAGAUACUGCAGGAAAGACAACCGGAGCUGGCCAGGAACCACCCGCUCAAGGAGAAGGUGCAGUUUAUACGCACUGAGGGACCCAGUGGGCUGGCUCGUCUCUCUAGUGACGCUGACCUCGUCAUGCUGCUGAGCUUAUUUGAGGAGGAGGUGAUGUCAUAUGUGCCACCAUUACUCCACCCAAGUUAUUGCCUCUCGUCUCCUCAGAGCUCCCCUGGCACCCAGCGAGCCAACGCCCGCGCUCCUGCUCCCUACAAGAGAGAUUUUGAGGCCAAACUGAGGAACUUCUACAGAAAGCUCGAGACCAAGGGUUACGGCCAGGGACCCGGGAAAGUCAAGCUCAUCAUACGCAGGGACCACCUUCUGGAGGACGCAUUUAACCAGAUUAUGUGUUACUCUCGGAAAGACCUACAGAGGAGUAAACUCUACGUCAGCUUUGUCGGGGAGGACGGGCUGGACUACAGCGGACCCUCCAGAGAGUUUUUCUUCCUGGUGUCCAGAGAGCUUUUCAACCCGUACUACGGCCUGUUUGAAUAUUCAGCCAACGACACGUACACCGUCCAGAUAAGCCCCAUGUCUGCCUUUGUAGACAACCACCAUGAAUGGUUUCGCUUCAGCGGGCGUAUCCUGGGCCUGGCUCUAGUUCAUCAGUACCUGCUGGAUGCCUUCUUUACCCGACCCUUCUACAAAGGGCUUCUUCGCAUCCCGUGUGACCUGAGCGACCUGGAGUUCCUGGACGAGGAGUUUCACCAGAGCCUGCAGUGGAUGAAGGACAACGACAUCGAAGACAUGCUGGACCUCACCUUCACCGUCAACGAGGAGGUCUUCGGACAGAUUACAGAGAGAGAGCUGAAGCCGGGCGGGGCUGGUAUCCCCGUAUCUGAGAAGAACAAGAAGGAGUACAUCGAGCGGAUGGUGAAGUGGCGUAUAGAGAGAGGAGUGGCACAGCAGACGGAGAGCCUGGUCCGAGGCUUUUAUGAGGUGGUGGAUGUGCGCCUGGUGUCUGUGUUUGAUGCCAGGGAGCUGGAGCUGGUGAUUGCUGGCACGGCAGAGAUCGACCUGGCAGACUGGAGAAACAACACAGAGUACAGAGGAGGUUACCAUGACAACCACAUAGUGAUCCGCUGGUUCUGGGCCGCUGUGGAGAGGUUCAACAAUGAGCAGAGGCUGAGACUGCUGCAGUUUGUGACGGGCACUUCCAGUAUUCCCUAUGAGGGUUUUGCCUCUCUGCGGGGCAGUAAUGGACCUCGCAGAUUCUGUGUGGAGAAGUGGGGAAAAAUCACCUCCUUACCCAGGGCUCACACUUGCUUUAACCGCCUGGACCUCCCGCCCUACCCGUCCUUCUCCAUGCUCUACGAGAAGCUGGUCACUGCUGUGGAGGAGACGAGCACGUUCGGUUUGGAGUAACUUCACCCGGACGACACCCAGGUUUAACUCGGGAGAGAGAACCAUCUGAAAAAAACAAACAAAACAAAAUCCACUUUUUUUCUCACUUAGGAGAGACAUGGAAUAUAAAACUAAAAUCCUCAAACGGCAACUAACCCCCCCCUCGCUGAA